AUGCGUGAGGGACAUGCAUUCUUCGGGCAGGACCUCCCGCGUGUGCGGGUGAUUCCGAUCAACCAGAAUGCUGAACACUUGAACAAAGACAGAUGCGGGUCUGUCGGUUGCUUCUUCCACUGCCUCUCUUUUUUGCAUCGCUUCUUCAGCGUGACGGGAGACUUCGUGAGCCUCGGUGCGGCAGAACUGCUGCCUUUCGUGACCGCCUCUUUGGAACUGGGCACAGACACGAUGACGCGUUGGCGCGCGACUGUGUAUGCUGCAGAGUUGGCAAACGGUCUUGCUCCCGACUCCUACGUGACUUUAGAACAUGUCCGAGACCGCACCUUGUCUGGUGAGCACUCUCGCGAUCCUGCCUUCGCCUGGGUCGCACAAGUGUUCCAGCAGUUGGACAUGUUCGUCGUUCUGCGUCUGGCUACAUGCACUUUGACUCUCACACGUACAGUCCCUGCUUCCUUGACAGCUGCGCAGCCUGCGCAUCGUCUCAGUUCACGUUCGCCGCCUGUCAAAGAGGAGCUAGAGGAGCCACCGGCAAAGCGUCGCAGGACUAUGAAACCUCUUCUUGAUGAAGAUACCGGUGUGCAGAGCAUGUACGACAGCAUCCUGGAAAGAGCUCAGGAAGCUAAGCGGAGCUUGCAUUCUAUCGAAGCUAUAGAACAGAUCUACACACUGGCGCACGAAUGUGCAAACGGGGACGCACGCAAAGUUAUCGGUCUGGUUGGUGCAUUGAGCUUUGAACUGCACGCAAGCCUAGCGGCCAGAGCGCUCCUGCUAACAGUCGCGCGUUGGACCUUCAUGGCUAGCAUGCUAGCAGGUCUGACUUCUCGGGACGUGCGUGAAAGUGUCACGCACAUCACCAAGAUGGCGUAUGCCAGGGUCGCUUCGAAGCUAGCAUUUGAGCAGAUUCUGGCCCUCGUUGCAGACGCACUUCCACACUGGAAGUCUGAGUUCCAGGUGGAGACCGCCGAGGCCAUGGACCCGGCCGCAGCCAUGAAGGCUGUCAACUUCCGAAAGACUUUGGGUGCCGUCGCACGGGCUAAGUCCAAGCCCUUGGCAAAGGCUUUGCAGGAG